AUGGACAGCGGCGGAGAGCUGGGCGGUGGCGAGGACGAGGCGGCGUGCACCUCCGCCUCUGAGGGUCUGGAGGAGGGCGAGGUAGAGGGUGAGACUCUCCUGAUCGUCGAGUCCGAGGACCAGGUCUCGUUGGACCUGUCGCACGAUCAGAGCGGCGACUCCCUGGCCAGCGACUUGGGCGAGGAGACAGAUGCUGCGUGGGCCUGCGACAACUUGGCCUUUUACUGUGAGCGCUGCCACAAGUGGAUCCCGGCAGCUCAUCUCCACGGGAACCAGCCCAGCUACCUGAAAGGCGACAACUUUUUCAAGUUCAUAUGCUGCGACUGCUCCGAGGACGGCAAGGAGACCUUCGAGAGGAUGCGGCUCACCUGGCAGCAGGUGGUAAUGCUGGCAAUGUACAAUCUAUCUCUGGAAGGGACCGGACGCCAAGGCUACUUCCGAUGGAAGGAGGACAUCUGUGCAUUCAUCAGCCGCCACUGGAACUUCCUCUUGGGAUCCAGAAAGAAGACGUCCACCUGGUGGAGCACGGUGGCAGGCUGCCUGUCAGUGGGGAGUCCCGCUUUCUUCCGUUCGGGGGCACAGGAGUUUAGCGAACCGGGAUGGUGGAAGCUGGUCCACAACCGACCUCCGACCCUGCGGGCUCAUGCCCACAAAGCUGUCGCCAAGGUUAAAGGCGCAGUGCGCAAAACGGCAGCAGCGGAGCCUACCGUCAUGGUGGAGGGUCUGCGGAAACGGGGCAGCAGCAAGAAUCCUGUGGAGACAGCCAUGCAACUGAAGGAGAAGCGCUCUCGCACGCAGGAGGCCAAAGACAUACGGCGGGCUCAGAAGGAAGCGGGCUUUGCCAACCGCAGCACAGUUUCUACGCCGAUGAAAGCGGGUGGUGCCAACGGCGGGGGUGCUGGGCGGCGGCCACCGGACGUGCUCCUGGAGAAAGGCGAGGUGGUGGACUUCUCCUCCCUCAGUUCUUCCGACAGGACGCCGCUGACCAGCCCGUCACCGUCACCCUCGCCCGAUUUCUCGGCCCCCGGGACGCCGGCCUCACACUCUGCCACGCCCAGCCUGCUGUCGGAGGCCGACCUUAUCCCGGACGCCAUGCCGCCCCAGGCGCUCUUUCACGACGACGAGGAAAUGGAGGCGGAUGCCAUGAUCGACCCCGGGAUGGAGCACGCACCUCCCCCCGCUGCCGCACGCAAGAAGCUCUGCCCGGCACCACAUCACAUCAAGCGGGAGGCGGACAGCGAGUAUGACGAAGGACGCCAGGGCGACUUUGAAGAAGCGUUAGGCUCGCAGCUCUCUGCCGCCGCCCACGAGGGCCCGGCGCGGAAGAGGCCGGCUCGCUGCGACAAAAGCCACGGGGGCGACGCCCCUCAAAUUCCUCACCACGCCCCCAUCAGCCUGUACGAGGAGCGGAUGCUGCGGCGUCGCUUGGACGCGUGCACACUAGCGUUAGCUGUCACCCCGCAGGCCCGCCGCCUUCGCCGCAAGCUAAUGGUGCGCCAGGCUAAGCGGCAGCGAGGACUCCCCCUGCUGGACAUAGACUGCGCACUCAGCCUGGUGGGAGGAGUCUACGGUGCGCGGGAAGCGGGCGGUGGACGGUGCGGCACCGGCAGCCGAGAGCUGCGUGUCCUGGACCGCUUCCAGGUGAGUUGUCCUGCUCGUCGCGGCUUCCCCCCACCUCCGGUUUCUUUCUCCUGCCGCCUGACUGGAGCGGACGGCGCUCUGGAGCAAAGCAUCAAGAGCCCGUACACGUCCCGCCUCCUCAAACCUUACAUCAGGCGCGACUACGAGAGCCGUCCCCUGAAGAUGCGUCUGCUGGCUGAGAUCCGAGCACACCCCCACCGCCGGGAGUCCGGCUGGACUCCGGAGGCCGACGCCCCCCUCGACUACUGCUACGUGCGGCCCAAUCACAUCCCGUCGGUCAAUGCCAUGUGUCAGCACAGCUUCUGGCCAGGAGUAGACCUGUCGGAGUGCCUGCAGUACCCCGACUUCAGCGUGGUGGUCCUAUACAAGAAGGUGGUGGUGGGCUUUGGCUUCAUGGUGCCCGACGUCAAGUACAACGAGGCGUAUGUCUCCUUCCUGCUGGUGCACCCCGAGUGGCGGCGGGCGGGCAUCGGAACCUUCAUGAUCUAUCACCUCAUUCAGACGUGCAUGGGCAAGGACGUGACGCUGCACGUGUCUGCCAGCAAUCCCGCCAUGCUGCUCUACCAGAAGUUCGGCUUCCAGGCCGAGGAGUACAUCCUGGACUUUUACGACAAGUAUUACACGCUGGACAGCACCGAGUGUCGUCACGCUUUCUUUCUGCGGCUGCGACGCUGACAAAUCUUCAACUUCCUGUCAUUGGGGCACAGGCGGCGCUUUGGACGGGGGUGUCUUUCGACGAGCUUGGUCGGUGACUCACUCGGCACGUCGGGUGUCCUUCCUCGCCGGAAACAGCUCCGUCCUCGACUUGGACCUUCCGACGGCUGCGAUCCCGCCGAUUCAGUGGUUUCGCCGACACACCGAAUACAAAAUGACAACACUUGCAAGGAGCUGAUGUAGGCCACAACUCAUGUCCAGACGCUCACACGCAGACUGACUGGCCAAACCCGACUGCACCUACUGAUGGCAAUGUUUUUACUUACUUUUUCCCCCAUAUCUCUCGCUUGGUCACCUUUAGUUGCUCAGCAAAGAUAGUAAUGACACUUUCGGCAACCAGUUUUCUUUUGAGAUUGUCUUUGUUUUUAAAAAGUGUUUGGGGAGCUGAAACAGAUGAAUGGGGAAAACUGACUUGCUAUACGAGUCACCUGAGGUACGAGCUCGGCCAGAGAACAUUAAACUCGUAAGUCGAGGUACGGCUGCAGUUCGUAUUGGGGCUUAUUCUCCCAUUGGUGCGUAAAGAUGUUUUUACCAGCCUGGCAUGCGAUUUUCCCCUAAUGACUUCUUGCCACACACACACACACGUCGUCGGCCCACCGGAAUUCCUGGAUCGUGGAGUUUUCCUUCGAUGCCAUAAGAAUCCAUUUGAGAAAAAUGGCAGGCUUUAAAUGUGAAAUUAACCCCUGUAGCGGAAACGCGCGCACCGCUCACGUUAAAGGGGCAUGUGUUUUUGUAUUCUGUAUAUUCUAUUCUAGGGGUCACUUAAAUUGAUUUCACAUGCAAAUGAUUCAAACUAUAACUCAGUUUUUGUGAGGGUCGCUUUCAGACAAGCUCCAAGCCACCACCCGCACUGAAGCGGAAAUGCAGAAUUUUUGUUCUGUCGAUUAAUAUAUGUCACGUCACCGUUCGACCGUCGGCAACCACAUCGCGGCCGUUGGUUAGCCUGCGAGCGGGCCUGGCGUCUCCCGUACCGUCAGCGCGAUUCAGCCGGAGCUCGGUGGCAGUUAACUUAGUUAAAACGUGCAAUAUGAUGUUUCACCUUCCCAGGGCACUUGACUUACUACAGCCUUCGGAGUGCAGAUGAGAACACGCGCACUUGGCCAGAUCUGAGCGGGUUACGCCACACAAACUGCAUAAAUGGCGAGAAGGUGCGCUAAUGGCACUCAAACUCUUUACAAUGGCAGAAUGGGCGGAGUCAGAAAAGCGCACCUUUACUUACUCGAGCAUACGGGAGAAUACGCCCCAAAUAGUAGUGAUGGCGAGAUGAAGCUUCAUGAAGCAUUGUGACACUUGAGCCGUUGGUUGGAGUAAUGGUUCAUUUCUUGAUUGCUGCAUUGCCCACGAGACCACCUGCUGGCCAUGUGCAUCAUCACAGGCAGCUGGACCUUUACCUCACCUCAUACAGUAUGUGCUGCGUUGCAUUUUUGCCUCUUGUGAAUGACGAUGUAUGACAAAACAAUGUUUGACCAAGUAAUUUCCCAACAUAAAGUGUCAAAUAUAUUCUC